UCAAUAUACGAUGCUGACGAUGAGAGAUAUUAUAUGUUUAGCUUCUUUGUCAGCAUGACAGCAUUACUGUAGUAUUCCAAGAGCAGUCGUGGUGAAAGGUAUAUCCACAAGAAGACUAGCAACUAAUCUGAACAAUCCUGUGAAGAAAGCAUUUUAUUAACAUGAAAUUUGAUAUCAUGAAGUUUUCUUUUACGAUAAUCAUAUUCGUCUCAUGGUCCACACUAACAACGGCGAAUGAGAGUCAAAUCUCUUUGGAAUUUCCUACCUAUGACGUGAAUGAGGUCGAACAUCUGUGCAAGAAUGAAAUGAUUUCCUUUAAUUUUACUAACUCAAAGAUAAUCUCUAUUAAUCGGAAUUUUAUCAGUAGUCCAUGGAUUACUUGCCUCAAUUUUACGAACACUCAACUCCAAUUCAUCGAGGAGGGCGCCUUCAACAACCUUCCUAAUUUGACUCAAUUGAUUCUUUCUAAUAACGAUUUUACUGACAACCUCUUCGACUUUGGAGGUCACGAAAACUUAAAGAUCCUUAUUCUGAAUAAUGCAGCAAGGCAUAAUUACUACGAGUUCGUAUCUGAAGUAGUUCGUAUUUCCGAAGAAUAUCCUAAUUUAGAAAUCUUGUCUGUCCGUGGAAAUUAUAUCAGUGACUUGAAAACUUCCUUAGAGAAAACUCCAUUUCCAAAACUGAAGAUUCUAGAUCUUUCCAGCAAUGCCAUAACAAGUACCAAUUUUGUAAGAUUAUUGCCAAAUAGUUUGUACUUUCUUGAUCUAUACGAUAAUUCGCUCUCUUCUUUGGUUUUUUAUAGAAAAAAAGUGAGCUUAUUGGUAUUAAACUUGGAUAAUAAUAAUCUUAAAUAUGUGAAAAAGUAUAAUAAUUCGCGUGAUCAUUCAGAUAAUCCAUAUAAUCGACAUUACAGAUAUAGAUAUAAUAAUAAUCAAUUUGAUCCAGUUUUUAAUUUUUAUGGUCUAGAAAUGACUGGCUUGGAAAAUCUACAUUAUCUUUCUAUCUCUCAAAACAACAUUAGUUUUAUUGAAUCGAAUGCUUUCGAGGACACUAACGAGUUAAUCUAUUUAAACUUAUCCACAAAUUAUAUAACUUAUUUAAAUUCGGAGACAUUUGAAAAAUUGCAAUCUUUGAGAUCGCUUGAUUUGAGUUUCAAUAGGCUCGAGGAUGUCCCACAAAUCUCAAAUGAAACAGUAAUCAGUACUUUGUUUCUUAAUUGUAAUAAUAUUAAGAAUAUAAUUUCGAACGCUUUCGUACAAAUGCCGAAAUUGACGAAAUUGUUAUUAGGAGGGAAUCAGAUCAAUGAGAUUAAUAUUAAAGCAUUUGCUCACCUUUCGUUUUUUAGAGAUAUUAGAUCUGUGGAACAAAUUAAGUUUUUUACAGGAAGGAAUAAGUAAAUUUUUCUUUAAAAUAUUUAAAUUUAAAAAUUAAUUAGUUUACUUCGCUAGAAUCUUUAUCUCUGGUAAAUGUGUUAUUAUUGGAAGUGUAGUGAUGAAUCCAUCGGAAUAAUUAUAUGUUAGCUACUUUAAGAAUUUACUGCAGAAUAUUAAUUUAAUUUGUUGCAAGAAUCAAAUUUUGUACAUUUUUACAAAAAGCUUUUUUCAUAAAAAGGUUUACAAAAAUUUGGCGUCUUUAUAUAAAAAAAAAUAAAAUAUAGUUUUUAUAAUAACAUAUAUGUAUCUAUAAAUAGCUCUAUAAUCAUCAUUAUUAUAAUUAUUAUAUACUCAUUUAUAUUUGUAAUUUUGAUUAGUUAUUAAUACCACUUGAUCUUGUU